AGAAGAAUUUUGCUUAGUGUCAAACCCUUCUCCUUCCCAGGAAAUUAGAUCACUUUGCCCUAAGCUCCAUCUUUCUUUGCAAAUUAAGUUGGGAGUGAGAAUGUCAGUCUCAGGAAUCCAAGGGCUGCCCCUCGAAGUCACUGUUGUGGGAUGUUUGAACCUGAAGGACAAGGAAUGGAUAUCCAGGCAAGAUCCUUAUGUCUCCGUUGAAUAUGGAAGCGCCAGACACAGGACCAGGACAUGCACAGAUGGAGGCAAAAACCCGACGUUCCAGGAGAAAUUUGUCAUCUCCCUCAUUGAAGGUCUCCGAGAGUUGACUGUUACGGUUUGGAAUAGCAACACCGUCUCGGCCGAUGACUUCAUUGGCAAUGGAAGGAUUCAACUUCAGAAGGUGCUUUCUCAAAGCUACGAUGACAGUUCCUGGACCAUUCAGGACAAAUGUGGCAGGUACGCUGGAGAAGUCAGGCUCAUAUUGCACUACUCGUAUGGAAACGCCAAUCAACCAGGGAAGAGCAAAAUUCAGACACCAGCCCACUCAUACGCGACCCCGACAGCUCCGCAUUACCCGGCUUACCCCGCCACAACCACAUACGCACCUCCGGGAAAAUCAUUUGCCCCGGCUUAUCCAUCGGGCCCUGCCUACCCUCCAUCUACGUACUCUACAUACCCUGCUGUCACGGCAGCUUAUCCACCCCCACCACCGGCAGCAGCAGCCUAUCCUCCUCCUCCUCCUCCAGCUGGAUAUCCAGCCUGCCCUCCGCCCGCUUAUCCUCUGCAGUACCCGCCUCCGCCUCAUUCUUCAGUGUACCCACCAGCUCCGCUGGCCGGAAUUUACCCGCCUCCACCGUAUUGAUUAGCCGUCGACAUUCUCGCAAAUUGUUGGAAUUAUUUUACAAAGGAAAAGGUGCAAUCAUAUUCUUGUCUUGAAGAACAUCACGCCUUUUUGUAAUUUGUAAUUUUCUUUCUCUAAUUCCUGAUUCUGCCCAUCACUAAAUAAAUUAGCAGAAUUUAAUA